CAUUUAAUCGGACUUAUCCGAGAUCUUUCGAUUAUGACCAUUCAUGAACGGACAGGCAUAAAUUUACCGUUUAAAGUUUUUUCGGGUCCGAAGUUUGUAUCAGUCUUCCUCGAUAACAAUGAACGCUAGCUCAAAUCCUUCGACUGCUUUUAUCGAAAGCAACGCUAGCGAUAGCGAUUCGGACACAAGUCCCGAUGAAGCACCGGAAGACUACCAGCCGAUCUCCAACGUCCCCGACGACGAAGAUAGAGGCGGCAGUGACGUCAACUCAAACGAAGAGCAUAGCUAUCACUUCCACCAGCUUCCGAACGGCUACUGCUCUUAUGGAACGGUGAAUGGGAUGUCGUCCCUGGUUCUAAACGAUGUCGUGGAGCAAAUGAGCGGCGAGGAUGAGGAAGAGGAAAGGAUGAGAGAAGCGUCGGAGCGGGCGAUUCGGAGGGCAUUCAGAGAGGAUGAGAACCGGAGGAAUCAGCCGCUGUCGGCGGAGAACGCCACGAGAGUGAGGGAGGCGAUGCGUGGCGUCUCCUUUGGUGGAAUUGUUCCCGAUUGGGCCGCUCAUGUUCCCGAGGAUCGCUGGAUUGAUCAGCUUCGCAGGUCGAGGCAACCACCAAACACUUCAACCCCACUACAGAACUGAACAACAGUACAACACACUCUAGUUAAUCAUAAUAUUCUCCAUUGAUUUCAGCUCUGAAUUGUCAAAUGUUCGCGCGAAUUUGCCUUUGAUGGCAUGUAGAGUUAAAAAAGUUGCAGAUUCUUUGUCUCAUUCAUUUUUGCUUUGUUUAAAUUAAAGUUUGGAUAAGUAUCAUAUUUUGGUUUGAGUGUUGAUCCUACGAAUUUAGUGAAAUACUUAUUUAGUUACGAUGGA